GUUAGAGAGAGAGAGAGAGGAGGAAGGGAGAGGAGGGGGAAAGAGAGAGUGUGAUACGUGGCAUCCUGACAGGUGAGGCCCACGUUGACUCAGCCGUCACAUCGGACAAAACCGGAGUAAACGGUUUUGUUAGUUGAGGGACACCUGUUAUCUGGUUUUGUGGUUGGGGGAUGAUUUUGUAACUCGAUGACAAGUUGAGGGACCUUCGGUGUACUUUUUCCUUCCAGGGGCGGUUCCUAUGGAAUUUGGCCCACGAAGACCCCCACCGGGGCGGCCCAACAAAAAAAAAAGCCCAGUUGAGGGGUUAGGUUAGGGACGCAGGAAGGCAGGAAAGAGAGGCGCACGCGUCGCGCCGUCGUCUCCCCGCUCCUGUCGUCCGGCGCCGGCGGCCAUCGACGCAGCAGAGGCCGCAGCCAUCGACCGCCCGGGGCCGCCAUUCUCCCCGCCCCGCGUCGGGUCCCCUCGGCUCCUCGCCCUCCCUGCUCUCCUCCUCUCGGCCCUCGCCAUCUCCCUCUUCGGCUCUCCGUGACGACCGAGACCGGCGAGCCCCCCCUGGCUUGGCUGGCUCUCCCCCUUUCAGCCUUUCCAGCUCUCCUUCUGCCCGGGCAAAGUGCAACGCUCACCUGGCAAUAAAUGCACAAGCAUCUUGCUAGCUUCCCACUCUGUACACCUUUACUUGGAAUCUGAUGUACUUAGCAUCUAUUGAAAGGUCACGAGAGAGAUACCAGGUUCUUAUAUACAGCUAAUUGGCUAUCAUACGGAGCACAUUGUCUUUUGUCAUGGCCACUGAAGAGGAUGUGAAGCAACGACAAAUUAUUGAAAGCCGUGCAAGAAAUAUUAGCCACAAUGUCCGAUGCACCGAGUGCGGCAGCCAGUCCAUUGAAGAUUCACAAGCUGACAUUGCAAUUCUGCUUAGGAAGCUAAUUCGUGAUGAAAUCAAAUCUGGAAAGAGUGAUAAGGAGAUAUACAAAAAACUACAAGCUGACUAUGGAGAAACAAUUCUAUAUACCCCUAAAUUUGAUCUUCAAACUGCUGCCAUAUGGUUAUCACCGGUGAUCGUGGGUGGCGUAGCAGCUGGUGUCUGGGCUUACCAAAAGCACAGGCAGAGGACUAACGUUCACAUCAUGGCUCUGAAUCUUGUCCGGGGGGUUCCACUGACACCAAGGGAGAAGGAGACCAUGCUUGACGUACUUACACCACCACCUCCUGCCAACAAGUGGUGGUGGCCAGGCAAAUGAUUUUUCAUGUGCUUAAUGAACACGAAGAACUCUCCUGUCCUAUUUACUGGUGGCUUCACAAACUUGAUAAGGAAUUCAGGAUUGCUAAUUUUAGGGCACAUUCUUUCUGAAUGUCACACUUAUCAACCUAAGAUCGCGUAUUUUGUAGUGUUGUAUAGGCAGCUUCUGUCAGUAUGGUAAACAACAGUGUGCUACUCAGAACUCUGUACUGCAUUCAGCAGUGUUUCUGACUGAACUCUGUUUUGUCUUUCAUCAGAAGCUCAUGUCUGCUGAUAAGCUGACAAUAAGAAAACCCCGUUAUGUAAGAACAAACCCAACUUGUCUGAAAAUAAUACUCAUCCCGUGUAAUAAUA